UAAAACGGAUAUUUUUGGAUAUCCUUUUAGUGAUAGUGUAAAAAUGGCAAAAUCUAUUAGAUCUAAUAAGAAAAGACUAUAUAGAGCAGAAAAACGUAGGAGUAUCUUUGAACCUAUCUAUGCAGCUCGUGUCAAGAGGCUUUCUUCUCGUUUAAAAAAACUUUUUAGUGAAAAUGUAGAUGAUUUAGAUAAAAUGAUUAUUGACCAGGAUCAAAACAACAAUAUGAAUAGGAAUUCUAAAGAUAUUAUAAAUAUGAAUAUAGAUGAAACACAAAUAUCAUCUACAAAGCUCCAAAAUGAAGAUCAGUCACAAGUAAAACAUGCAGUAGUUGGUUUAAAAAAAAAGAAAUUUCGGAAAAUCAAAAUUCAUAAAAAAAAAACGGUUUUUUGGCACAUGUUUCUCUAAUUUACGAAAAAAAAAAGCGUUAAAUUAUGUUAAAUUGUAAUAAAAUGUACCAUAUAUUGUUUAUAUUUUUAUACUUUUAUUAUUGGCUUUAGAAAUUAAAUGAUUUUUAAGUUUUUUUAUAAGAAUUUAUUUAUUUCUAAAUCACAUUAUCAAUAAUAUUCUUAAAAAAGAAUAGAUCUAUAUAUAACGCAUUAUUUCAUAGCUAAUUAGAGGAGAACUUUGAAA